AUGGAAUAUUCCUGGCCUUACCGCUUUAUUCUCACCCUCUCCGAAGAGGAAAUACUCAAUCGCCGGGAGCUUCUUGACCUACGGGGAUCCUACGCGCAAUGGUCGAUCAUCGCCGUGAUCAUCGUGCUCCGGGUCUAUCAAGGCUGGGCGCAGUCGGUUUCUGCGACUGAGAUCACGUCUAAACAGCGCCGCGGGCCUGCUUCAUGGUGGGAUCGCCCAAUUGCAGCCGGAUGGCUCGAGACUCGUCGGCAGUAUGCUCUGUGCGGGCUGUGGCUCUUAUGGCUGAUCAGUCUGUCCGUCUGGAAGAGCGGCGACGACUACAUGCAUCUCACAAAGGCCUUGAGCCACGUUGCUCUUUCGCAGAUCCCCCUUCAAGUAUUGAUGUCUCCUGCAGCGUAUAUAUCGACCUCGAAGCCAUCGGCUUCCUCAAUCUUUUCAUUCGUGACCUCCAUCCCGCAAGCAACGGUGACACCCUACCACCGUCUUUUUGGACGGAUGGUUAUCUCGCCUCUGCUCCUGGGCCACGCGACUCUCUACCUGUUGUUCUUCGUUCAACUCAGCCACCCGGAAUUCGGCUCUCUCUUGAACAAGAGGGUGCGGGACCUGGACGUACAAUGUGGUCUGUUUGCUAUCUCCAUGGUGAUCUCCCUUGUUCUUUAUCUGCGACCUCGCGGUGCAGCACCGAAAGGCGGAACUCAGCGACGAAGUGUCGCUGGGUCGAUGCAAGAGCAGAGACGGUCUUUCUAUUACGGGCACAUAUCUUUGGUGAUGUUAUUGUGCCUUGCGGCGUACUAUCAUGUGGUACAUGCGCAGAAGUAUAUGAUUCAGGCACUUGGCGCUUUUCUGGUUAAUGGGGCGUUUUCGUGGGCAAUUGUUCGAUGGGGAGGGCAUAAAUAG